AUGGCCGCACGCCCAAAGAAGAAGUUGUUUCGGCUCGGUCCGGACGCUGUCAUUGAGGAGCGCACUGGCACCAGUGUCAAGGUGACGCCCACAAAGGCGCCACUGUUCCAGCCACACGUCCCCUCCUUCAACACUCGUCAGCAACAAGAACAACAGCAACAGCAGCAACAGCAACAGCAACAGCAACCGCAGGCUGAGCAGCAGGCGGCCGGUCAGCAAGAAGCGAACAACGCGGAAGCAACCACCCCUAACGGCAGUGCGCCAACAGAAAGCACCACGCCCAACGGCGGCGUUGCCUCGCCGUUUGGACGCCAUCAGGCGUCGAGGUGGAGCGGGAAGAAGCCGCCGCGCCAGUGGCCGCCAGCAGGCUCCGAUGACGCCGGCGGCGGUGACAACGACAGCACUGCAGACAGGCAAGGUGGCGUCAGGGAGAAGGCGGCUGACAGUGGGACGGCGAGCGAGGCGCCAAGCACGCUGCGAAGCGAAGACGGCCUGGACAAGGACGACGCAGACAACAACACACCAAGCAACAGUAACACCGCCAACAACAGUAAUGACAACAACACCACCGGAAACAACAGCACAAACACCACCACUACCGCCGCCACCAACAACAACAGCGCCGCCGCCACGACAACAAGCGCCAUCGCCGCGGGCAGCACUGCGAGCGCUGCGCAGCGACGGGCGUCCAGCAGCUCCACCGCAAACGCGAUGACAACAACGCCGACAGCGGGGAUGUCGCGAAGCAGCAGCGGACGGAGCGGCGAUAUUGGCAACGAGGAGUGGCGCCGGCGGUCGAGCCGGCGUGCAAAGUCCGAUAUGAGCUGGCGCAAGUCGACGGCUGAUGAGCCGGAGGAGGGCAUUGUGUCGACGCCACUGGCAGCGACGGGCGACGCGGGACACGGCGAUGGCGGUAGUGAACCUGCCGCAACUACAACCGCCGCCACCACACAGGGCAGCGGCCAAGGUGGUGGUCACGUGAGCGGUAGCGGUGUUGGUGAGGUGACGCCCACGGCAUCAACGACAUCUGUCAACGCAGAUGACUCCUCCCCAGAGCCAUCGCCAGCAAAGAAGGGUGAGCGCAAGCCCGAGGUGGUGGCUGAGAUCAACCAGAACUGGGUGGUGGAUGUUGAAGGGAAGCAGGACGCAGCACACAUCCGCGUUGUCACACACGAGCGCACCUUCUUCUUCAAGAGCCCGUCCAAAUCAGACGCCCUCGAAUGGGCGUCGUGUAUCCGGCGAGCGCGGGAGAGUGGGGCUGCACGCAAGCGACAGGUGGUUGAGGUGCGGGUGCAGCGUGACGGCGACACGCCGUUUGGUUUCAGCAUCGCUGGUGGUACCGAUUCAGCGAACAAAGACUUUACAGGCAUCUUCGUCGCAAACGUCAAGCCCGACAGCAUCGUCGCCUCUGUGCUGUUCCGGUCAGACCAGUUGCUCACUGUUAAUGGGCACACGCUCGACAACAAAACAAACGCAGAGGCAAACAAGCUCCUCUCAGAGGCGCGUGGCACCGUUGUCUUCCAGGUCGCCCGCAAGCGCCGCCGCCAGGAAUCGCGAACGCCAAGCAACACGAGCCUGAACACAUCCACACCGGCACCCGCGUCGCCAGCAGCGACAACGGCUCCGACAGAGCCAACAUCCCACUCCUCCCCAGCCACCGUCUCCCACCAGGAACAGCAGCAGCAGCAGCAGCAGCAGCAGCAGCAAGAACAAGAGCAGCGUGCUGCUGCUGAAGAAGACAAGACGAAAAAGCCUCCCACGCCUGCUGUUGAGGUGACAGCCCCUCCCACGCCGUCGACACCAGCAACAGACGCGAGCGCGACGCCGUCAACACCGUCCACGCCAUCAACGCCGGCCUGUGGGGACGAGGAUGCCAAGCGGGCAGAGAUGCGACGGCAGCUGAGCGCGCGGCGUAUGCAGCGGAAGCAGACGCAGAAGAAGGAGCUGGACGACGUUCUUCGCGUCAUUUACGAACUCCCAGAGGAGUAG